GCGGACUUUCGUUUCCUGUGGAAGCUCGCUGAGGCUCCCCGGUGGCCCCUGGGCCUGAGAGGCUCUAAGGUGCUCGCUCUCCAGCUCCCUCCCCUCCAGCUGUGGUCGCCGGGGUGGGCCGAACCCUCGGGCUAUCAUUGCUCUCGGGUGUUUUCAUUUGCAAGAUGGACUCCGUACCUCAGUGUUUCUGUGCAGCUUGAGAUGGCAUAAGGGUGGAUGGUAUGUAGACUUGCCCAGUAAAUGGACAUUGUCUUUCACUGUUGAGAGGAAACUCCAGCCAUUAAGUCUGGGCGCCAAGUAUACUGAGUAGUGUCCGACCUUGUUACUGUGACAUGACUGCAUGACCUUCCUAAAAUCCAAAGCAGGCACUUCAGAGAAGCCUUCAGCAGUCAAAGAAGAUACAGGAAAGAAUAAAUGAAUCACUUAAAAGGUUCACCGUUCGCCUCUGUGCUCCAUGACCUCUCCUGAAUUUCCAGCUGCUGUUCCUAACAGAAGUCACCACAGAGGAAAUCAAGGUGAGGCCCUUGGGCAUGACACUCACACUGUCACACAGUGCUCUUCAAAGUGCUUUAAGAUUGGCUGUGGCACCUUUCCAGGCCAGGGAACCUGAAUCCAUCUUCAGAAACUUACAAGAAACAACAGCAGCAGCAGCUUAACUUCUUGAGUUGUGAUUUGGCAGCCUUGAGUAUCUUGGUUGGGAUCUGCAGAUCACCCAUGCAGAGCACACGACCGAGCCGAUCUGUGGGCUCUAGCACAGCUGUGAAGAUGUCUGACAAAAACCAGAUCGCUGCCAGAGCUUUCCAGAUUGAGCAGCUCAUGUCUAAAAGGUAUUUUGAGGAUCUUGGCAAACAUCUUAGUGAGCUAGAAAUGAUUUAUAUGACUAAGGAGCAUCUCCAGGAGACGGAUGUGGUCAGAGCUGUGUACAGAGUCCUCAAGAACUGCCCCUCAGUCUCUUUGAAAAAGAAAGCCAAGUGUUUGCUGGCAAAGUGGAGAGCUUUUUAUAUGAAUACACACUUCAAACCAAGGGGUAGCCCUAAAUUAAUCCCGGUGAGUGCUAAUAAAGAAGAAAAUGUCGGACUUUCUCAGGCCGCGAGCCAGGAUGAAAUCGUAGGCCUCUGUUGUUCUUUUUCUCUGCUGUCAUCCCAAGAUGCUGCAAACCCUACUGGAGCAGUUGGCUCUGAAAAUAACACUACUCAAGUGGAACUUAACAAAGAGCAUUUGGGAGCUGGCAACCCUGAAUCCACCAGCAAGAAAUCAAGUGAAUUGCAGGAUCCUACCAUGUCUGUGAGAACUAAAUGUGUAGACCUGCUUUAUAGAGCUUUAACUAGUUCUGCCACAGACCUGACCAAAGCUGAUUUGUGGCAAAAUUUUGCAAAAGAAAUUGAAGAACACGUUUUUUCUCUUUAUUCAAACAACAUCAAAAAGUAUAAAACUUGCAUCAGAAGCAAAGUUGCCAAUUUGAAGAACCCCCAGAAUUCUCAUUUGCAACAAAACUUACUUGCUGGGACUAUGUCUGCUAAAGAAUUUGCAGAAAUGACUGUCCUGGACAUGGCAAGCCAGACACUGAAGAAGUUGAGAGCUUCCUACACAGAAUCCAGUAUCCGGGAACAUUACCUUCCCCAUGUGAUUGAUGGCACACAGACAAAUAAAAUAAAAUGCAAGCGCUGUGAGAAAUACAACUGCAAAGUCACUGUAAUUGCCAGAGGAACGCUUUUCCUCCCAAGUUGGGUGCGGAAUUCAAAUCCAGAUGAACAAAUGACCUAUGUCAUUUGUAAUGAGUGUGGAGAGCAGUGGUACCAUAGCAACUGGGUAUGCUUAUAAUUUGCAAGUGAAUUUUCCCUUAAUGCAACUCAAAGCAUAUGCUUUAUAUGUAUAACAUUUUUGUGCUUACUUUUUAAAAUCUUACAUGUAGUGUUUUUUGUUGUUGCUGUUUGGUUUUAAAGAUAAGAUCUCACAGUAUGGCCAAGGCUGACUUCAAACUUGUGAUCUUCCUGCACUGAAAUUAUAAGUAUAUUCCACCAUGCAGCUCUGAGAUUAAGGAAUGAGAGUUGUUUGCCAAAGCACAUGCUAAUAUCACUUAAAGUUAUUUGUAGGUAAAGGGUGAAAGAUUAUUGCAUUGUGUUUUGUGACCAUUAAGAAUUAUGCUGUCCUCAAUAGGACUAAGAGCAGCUCUUUAUAGACCUUGGAAGCCUAUUAAAACUUUGAACUCUUAGGCUGGGGAUAAGGCUCAAUGGAUAAAGCACUUGCCACUCAAACCCGAGUUCUCAAGUUCAGAACUUCCCAGUGUCUGCAUAAAAAGCCAAAAGCCAUGACAGGCUUCUUUGAUCCCAGUACUGUGACUGGGAGAUGGAAGACAAAGAUGAGAGAAUUUCCUAGAAGCUCUUGGCUAGCAGAGCAAACCAAAAAUUAACAGAAUGAAAUGGAGAGAAGCCCUAUCUCAAAUGAAAUGGACUAGCAAGGACAGCCUAAAAGUUGUCCUAUGACUUCCAUGCACAUUGUGGCAUGCACACACCCACACUCACACACACACACCCACAGUGAACUCCCAUACACAAAAAUAAAAAAAAAAAAUUAAAAAGAAGUGUAGACUCAGGCCUAAGGCUCACUCAUCCAAAUGUAUAUUUUGGCAGGCUCCCCAGGUGAACCUCCAGGCUGUUUUGAGAAACACUGCCAUAGCAAUUGUCCUAUGGUUCUCAGGGAUGGUUGCUCAUAUAUUAGAAUCUUCUGGGGAGCUUGGAAACAGACUGGUGCCAAGAGCCAAGCCUCGAACAAUUGAUUCUGAACCUAUGAAAUGGAACCCAGGCAACAACUUCACUCUGGCCACUCCUCUGCAUAUUUCAAGUUGCCACAGGAGUUGAAAACUACCCAUAAAUAGGCUCUCGUAUAAUCAUUUUUCAUAGCUCUAAGAAAUGAGUGUUUUUCUAGAGACAUUACAGAUGAGAAAAUGAGCCCGCAGAGCUGCAGUGACUCGCUCAGACUACACAACCAUAAUUAGCCAACCUCAUACUAGCCCCUGUAAUCUCAGCACUAGGGAGGCUGAAACAAGGAUUGCCAUGAGUUCAAGGUCAGUCUGGACUAUAUGUGUGAGUACUAAGCUAACCUGGACUGCAGAGUGACACCCUGUCUCAAAAAAGGCAUAGUGAUGCAUCCCUGUUAUCUUAGCACUAAGAAUGCUGUAGCAGGAUGAUCCAAGUGUGAUUCCAGUGUAGGUAUAUAUAGGGAGACCCUGCUAAAACAAAACAUAGAUACACAGUCUGAGAAUGGCUUGAUAUUGUCUUUGCAAAAAUGUAUUUCUAAGUACUCUUAAGUGCACCCUAGUGUCUUUGGGCUCUAAUCUUGGGUGACAAUGGCUUCAUUCUUUUGCCCUUUAUUUUCUCACUUGACAAGUCUCCUUUAGUCCACAAAAAUUUCUGCUAUAAAUUACAGUUUGGGUUAGUGUCCACUUCCUGAUCUAAAUGACCUAUGUAUUUUUUCUUUGCACAAGUUCUUUAUGAAGUCUUUAUGACAUGUUUCUAGUAUUAGGAAGCUUCAUAUUUUAAGGGCAUAUACAUUAGGUUUGGAGUUCUAAUUCUGCCUAAAUGAAAAUGAUGGCAGUUUUCAGUCUUUGAAUCUGUCAACAUUUAUUUAUUUAUCUAUUAGAUGAAGAGAAAAUUGGGUUUUUUUGAGAACUUUUAAGUAUUUAUCAAUUUGUGUAUUUGUUUAAACACAAAAGGCCUUUUAUGUGAUUGUGACCUACUUUUUUUUCCUUAAAAACCCAUAAUAUGAGUUUUUUCCCUGAUUUUUAGCUGGGUUUGGGUUUUGGAUAAUACCGGGAUUUACUCUGUACCCCAGGCUGUCCUCAAACUCAUGAUUGACUUCCAUCUUCUGAGAAUUAAGAGUACUUCUCAGAUGGACGUAGUGGCUCACUCCUGUAAUCCCAGCACUUGAGAGGCUGAGGUGGGAGAUUGCUGUGAAUUUGAGGCCAGGCAGGUCAGCUUGGGCUAGAGUAAGGCCCUUCCUUGAAAAUAAAAAAAAGAAAGGUUACUUCUGAAUUAUCUAUGAAUUUACACAUUUUCGCCAGUUCUUUUCUCCUAACUCUCCUGUUUUUCUUCAUUGAAGUCUGUCAGUAUGUAUACUUUAUCUCCUUUUGACAAUUCCCCAAAGGGAAUAUAAGAUGUUUGUGUUUUUAGAUGAUCAUUUGGAAAUCAGCUUGAAGCUAUCAAGACUGAAUUCCAUUUUGGUAUCAUUUCUCCUUGUGGCUGUGCAGGCUGCAUGUUAUGAUGUAACAUGUUAGUCCUUGAAACAGUAACUCAUAAAGUCAUCCAAAACUUAAGCUUCCCAAAGUACGGUUUCAUAUGACUUAGAAUAAUCUUUAACACUAGUCUGAGGUUAUGAAAGAGCAUACACAGCACAUGAAAACAAAGUUGAUUACUUCAAGUCACUGUUGGUAUUUUGGUUUUGUGUUGGAGAAAUGGAUGGCUCUUAUUUCUAUUGGGAUUUUGUAAAGUUAAAUUCUCAGAAAAUAAAAGCACUUGAGAUGGAAAAAUCUCUUAUUCUGUAAGAUAUAAAA